UUUCGGAAGUUAACUUGGUAUAAGAGUAUGAAAAGCCUCUGUUGCUCUAGUUCUAAGGAAAUGCUCUCCUUUUUUUCUAAUAAAGCUUUCCGCAGAAGACAAACUCUGUACACAAUAAACAGGAAAUCAGAUAAAACUACUUGAUAAAAUGAUUUCCUGUCACGCUGCUGAAGAUCCUAUUAAAAAGGUUGCUAUCUUUGGAGGAACUCAUGGGAAUGAACUAACAGGAGUAUUCCUAGUUAAGCACUGGCUGGAGAACGGCACUGAGAUUCAGAGAACAGGGCUGGAAGUAAAACCAUUUAUUACCAACCCAAGAGCAGUGAAGGAGUGCACCAGAUAUAUUGACUGUGACCUGAAUCGAGUUUUUGGACCUGAAAAUCUUGGCAAAAAAAUGUCAGAGGAUUUGCCAUAUGAAGUGAGAAGGGCUCAAGAAAUAAAUCGUUUAUUUGGUCCAAAAGAUAGUGAAGAUUCCUAUGACAUUAUUUUUGACCUUCACAACACUACGUCUAAUAUGGGGUGCACUCUUAUUCUCGAAGAUUCCAAGAAUGACUUUUUAAUUCAGAUGUUUCAUUAUAUUAAGACUUCUUUGGCUCCAUUACCCUGCUAUGUUUACCUUAUUGAGCAUCCUUCCCUCAGAUAUGCAACCACUCGUUCUAUAGCCAAGUACCCUGUUGGUAUAGAAGUUGGUCCCCAGCCUCAAGGGGUUCUGAGAGCUGAUAUUCUGGAUCAAAUGAGAAAAAUGAUUAAACAUGCUCUUGAUUUUAUACAUAAUUUCAAUGAAGGAAAAGAAUUCCCUCCCUGUGCUAUUGAAGUCUAUAAAAUAAUGGAGAAAGUUGAUUAUCCCAGGAAUGAAAGUGGAGAAAUUGCUGCUAUUAUCCACCCUAAACUGCAGGAUCAAGACUGGAAACCAUUGCACCCUGGGGAUCCUGUGUUUUUAACUCUUGAUGGAAAGACUGUUCCAUUGGGCGGAGACCAUACCGUGUACCCAGCGUUUGUAAACGAGGCUGCAUAUUAUGAAAAGAAAGAAGCUUUCGCAAAGACAGCUAAACUAACACUCAAUGCGAAAAGUAUUCGCUCCUCUUUACAUUAGAAAUCACUUCUAGCUCACUUGUUGUAGAGCACGUUGAAAAGUUCCACUAGUUCGUAAGCUCCUAAAGAGCAGGAUUGUGCCUUAUUCAUUUCCACAGCACCUAGCCCAGUGCCUUGCACACAAUGGACAUUCAGGCAAAUUUCUUGAAUGAGUGAAUACAUUAAUGAAUACCUUUUAUAGAUAUCGUACUUCUUUAUGUAUGUAACUUAUUCAAAGAAGCACAUUUCUUAUUUCUGUAUAUCUCUUUAUACCUUAUACUUUGAUAGUUUAACAUUCUUAGUAAACAGCCUUUGAAUUUAAAUUUUAACAUUGAAAUAGAUACUAUAU